AUGCCAAACUUGUUCAAAAUAAAAAAGUCGAAAGAAGAAAACGUGUCGCAGCCGAAGCUAGUGACAAAAGCCAUCAUCUCGUCAGAUUUCAUUAAAAGACUACCGAAAUAUGAAGACAAAAGGACCAUUAUUUACUACUGGGGGAAGAGAGUGAUCAACGAGAACGACGACACGCCUGAGCAUUUGCCAACGAUAUACACCGAGCUCUGUAACGUGAAAAUUAAAGAAAUUAGUUGCAACAAAUCAUGUGCGCUAUUUUUGAGCAACACAGGAAAUAUGUACUCCUUUGGAAAGGGGUUACAUGGAGAGUUAGGACAAGGAAAUUUAAUCGUCUACAGUAUCCAACCAACUCUAAUCGAAUCGGUCAAUCACAUCAAGCAAAUAGCCUGUGGAUAUAAUCACUCCCUCUGUUUGUCUAACGACAAUAUUCUCUACACAUGGGGUCAUGGAAAUUAUAAUGGCUUAAAGUGUAACAUGGAUAAAUACGAACCAACCAUUUUGAAUAUAAUUGAUUAUGGUGAUGUGAUUGAAACUACAUUGAACGCCCUGUCACAUUUAAUUACUGAUUACGAAAAGUGUGAAAAGAAAAAAAAAAUUUGCACACAAAUUUAUGCAAAAUAUAACCAAAGUAUAGCUGUAUGUGAUUCUAAUAGUUCCAUGUACAUAUGGGGAGAAACGUACAAUAAUUAUUUGAAAUAUGUUCCCACCUUUUUCUACAAAUUUGAGUGUAACAAAAUUAAGCAAAUAGCCAUGGGGAAAAAUUUCGGCAUUUUGCUUCUUCUGAAUGGAGAAUUGUACGGAUGGGGAGAUGGCACAUAUGGAGAGCUAUGCAGACGAUCCUUUGAUGAUGAGGGUGGCUGCUAUUUUAUAUACCCUGAACCCCUGAUCCUAAGGGACGCUAACAAUAAAAAGUUGCCGAAUAUAAAUAAAGUAAGUGCAGGAGCUAGACAUGUGCUCCUAAUAACAGAAGAUGAACAUGUGUGGUCCUUUGGUGAUAAAAUUUCAGGCCAGUGUGGGAUUUCGGGUUUUCAAAAUAUUGUAACUACACCAAAAUUUGUGGAGUUACAUGAAAAUAAUCAAAAGGCCAAAAAGGUUUUCUGUGGAGAAAGGCACUCGGCUUGUAUCAACAAGUUUAAUCAACUCUACAUGUGGGGCCAUUCAGCGCAUCACAAAUUAAUCUUUACUGCCAGUUCGGAUUUUCUAUUAAACCAGAAUGUCCAGCCAGGAAUUUCCAUUCAGUCGGGGCUCAAGCAAAAGUUUAACAAAGCUACCUUAAUUUAUUCUAUGCUGCACCAGAAGGUUACCAAUGCUUAUUUGGGUGAUGACUUCACCAUUGUAGUUGUCGGAGGAGAGACGUGCGAACAUACCAAGCAAGGUGAUCAGUACUCUGAUAAGACAUUUUACUCCGUACAGGAGGAAAGCGCCUACGUGUCGACGUAG